GCAAUGCCUCCUCCGGACGGCGACGCGUCGCUGGCGGCGGACGAGCUGCAGAGCCUCAGCUUCGGCUCCUCCGAGCGCUCCCGCUCCGCCUCCACCGUCUCCACCGCCACCGCCUCCUGCUCCACCUCCUCCUCGGGCCCCAUCGGCCCCCACCCGCCGCCGCGCCUCGGCACCGUGCAGCUCUCCGACAUCCGCUUCGUGCGCCGGCUCGGCGCGGGCGACAUCGGCAGCGUGUACCUGGCCGAGGUGCGCGGGAGCAAGGGCGCCGGCGCUGGCGCUGGCGCGCUGGUGGCGGCCAAGGUGAUGGACCGCAAGGAGCUGCAGGGCCGGAACAAGGAGGGCCGCGCGCGCACCGAGCGCGAGAUCCUCGAGGCCGUCGACCACCCCUUCCUCCCGCGCCUCUACGGCGUCGCCGAGGGGGAUAGAUGGUCAUGCCUCCUCACCGAGUUCUGCCCCGGCGGCGACCUCCACGUCCUACGACAGAGGCAGCCAAACCGAAGGUUCUCAGAGGCCGCCGUCAGGUUCUACGUGGCUGAGGUGGUUGCCGCGCUGGAGUACAUCCACAUGAUGGACAUCGUGUACCGCGACCUGAAGCCGGAGAACGUGCUGGUCCGCGCGGACGGGCACAUCAUGCUCACCGACUUCGACCUGUCCCUCAAGUGCGACCCGACGGCGCCCACGCCGGCGCACGUCAUCUCCGACCCCGUCGCGCUCACCGGCCACUCCUCCGGCGGCUCAUCCUCCUCCUGCAUCAUCCCGUCCUGCAUCGUGCCCUCCGUCUCCUGCUUCAGCCUCUUCCCGGGCCGCGGCCGGCGCCGCGCUCGCCGCCGCACCAAGAAGAACGGCUCGAGCAGCAGUAACGGUAACAACAGUAGUUUCCCGACGGGCGUGCUGGACCUGGAGUUCGUGGCUGAGCCGGUGGAGCUGCGGUCCAUGUCGUUCGUGGGCACGCACGAGUACCUGGCCCCCGAGAUCGUGUCCGGCGAGGGCCACGGCAGCUCCGUCGACUGGUGGACGCUCGGGAUCUUCAUCUUCGAGCUGCUCUACGGCGCCACGCCGUUCAAGGGCCACGACAACGAGAUGACGUUGGCCAACAUCGUCGCCCGCGCGCUCGAGUUCCCCAAGGAGCCGUCCGUGUCGUCUGCCGCGAAGGAGCUGGUGACCGCUCUGCUGGCGAAGGACCCGACGCGCCGGCUCGGCGCCACCAUGGGCGCGGCCGCCAUCAAGCGGCACCCGUUCUUCAACGGCGUCAACUGGGCCCUGCUGCGGUGCGCCGCGCCGCCCUACGUGCCGCCGCCGUUCAGCGUCGCGGCCGCCAGAGGAUCCGGCGGGCCUGGGAAGAUGAUCAAGGUCCCUAACGACGACGUGGAGGACGUGUCGGACGACAGCUGCCCCGGCACGCCCGUGGAGUACUACUAGGUCAGAUCGGACAGGAAGCUCGCACGUACUAGGUGCUUCCAACAAGAUGCUGCCGCCGCCGGGACCGAUG